AUGAUAAUCCGAGGUCUCACGGGCUUGGAACGACAUGAAGGUCUCAAUGUGGCUUUGCGCGGAUCUGACAGCCCUUGUAAAGGCCGGCUGGAGGUGUAUCAUGGCGUUAAGGAGCAGUGGGGCUUGGUGUGUCAUUACGGGUGGAGAAAGGAAAAUGGAGAGGUUGUGUGUAAAUCAAUAGGGUGUGGGGAUCAUACACGCUCUGAUGUAGAAAUGACCCUCUACAAAGAUCCACCUCUGCCCCAACAAUACUGGAUGGAUCAAGUGAAAUGCACAUCUGGAGAAGAGAGCCUUUGGAAAUGCCUUUAUGUUGGCAUCAGUAACAAUGAGGAGUGUGAUGGUAGUUUUGUUGCUGUUGAAUGCUCUGGAGAAGUUAAACUGAGUUUGAAUCUGAAUGGACAGCGUGAUGUAUGUGCUGGUGUGGUGGAGUUCUCUACAGCCAACGGCAUCAUUGGGGUCUGUAAUGAUGAGUGGUCAAACAAGAUAUGUCGGGAGCUUGGUUGUGGAGAUCUUCAUUACAGUCCCAAGCCUGGAAUGUUCAAAGGACAACAGAGCAAACGAAAUGUAUUUCUUAAAUGUGUUGGCGAUGAGAAGUUCUCUUGGCAGUGUAUGGAGAGGUCAGACUGCCGGGAGCGAGCCAGUGUGAUCUGCAGCAAUCACAGGAGGUUCAGUCUACGAGAUGGCAGCGAUGCUUGCUCUGGGUGGGUGGAAGAGAAAACUGUCAAACAAAAAUCAUGGAAUCCUGUUCAGCCGGCAAAUGUGAAGCCUGAAGUCAUCUGUCCACAACUGAACUGUGGUUCCACUGGAAACUUUACAAAAGGAACUAACAUACUGACGUGCUCAGAUCGCGUGAAACUCCAGAAUUUCACAGCAGAUUGUUUUGGAGAUGUUUCCAUUGCUGUGAAUGGUAUUAAAUAUGAAGUGUGCUACAGUGAUCAGGAUUCGAUUGAGUCCCGUAAAAAGAUGGGGGCUAUGGUCUGUCGAGAGCUUGGCUGUGGCAGCUUGGAUGUGCGUUUGAGUGACGGUCUGGGUCGCUGUUCUGGACGUGUAGAGGUGAAAUGGGAAGGCUCAUGGAGGCCCAUUGGCUCUGAAAGGAACACUAUGAAUUCAGACGUGGUGUGUAAACAUCUAAACUGUGAUGCAUCCUCAAAAAUAAAUAGACAACUUUUCACUGAAGGAGAAAAGGGGCGACUGCAAUGGCUGUGGGAUGUCAGCUGUAGAAGCUCUUCAGCAAAGCUCCAUGAGUGUUUCGAGAAUACUGGCUUGCGGACACCAAGUCUAGAGGAGAAAAACAAAGAAAUCAUUUGCCAAAAGGAAGAACUGAAGUUCUUUGAAGGCGAUUCUCCAUGCAAGGGAAAAGUGCGCAUCAAGCAAUUUUAUGAUAAGGCUGUCUGGCUGCCUGCAACACCAGAAAAAGCCAAUGACACAUGCAAAGCAAUGCAGUGUGGAACUCUGGUCUCCUUUGAGAAAAGCCAAACCACAGAUGCCAAAGUCAAAUGUUCAGGGUCAAAGACUCUUGCACUUGAAAACUCGCUUGGAGAAAAAUGCUGGGGAAUGGUGAAGGUCUGCGGAGAUGGCAAGUGUGGAGGGGUUUGCAGCAACAAUUGGAGAACAGAUGAAGACUCCAAAAUGAUCUCAUGGAAACGAUUGCUCCUCUAUAAUAAGGAAGGAGAAUGCAGUGGUCCAGUAUAUGGUCUGCGAGAUAAUGGGAAAACACCCACUCCAGUCAGCAUAAGUGGAUGGGGCAACGAGGAAGGACAAAAGCUGUGCGAGUAUCUACAGUGUGGAAAACACAUACCACACAUCUCUAAUUACACAAACACAAACACAAAAGAGUGGUGGAACAAUACCUAUAAUUGCUCAGGGAAAGAGAAUAUUUGGGAAUGCGAGAGCAAUGAUCAGCCCGUCCAGAAUCAACAGCAGUUAAACAUCAAGUGUGACCAUAAACCUCCAAAAAUUAGGCUCUCAAACAACUGCACAGGCAAGGUGCUCAUAGAUGAAGAGCAUGUUUGUGCAUCCCGGUGGGAUGCUGGGAUGUCCAACAAGUUAUGUGACAGCCUCAAUUGUGGUAAGGCACUCUACAGCUGGACCACAGAGUCCAGAGAAAAAAAUACUUGGCAUUUCAGCUGCACAGGCAACGAGACAUUGAUGUGGCAGUGUGGCUCUAGAAAAGACAGCUGUGAGAACAUCCUCUCUGUGGCCUGCAAAGAUAGUGUUGAAUUCAACUCUACUGAGAAGUGUGGUGGGAAGCUUGUGAUCAAGUAUCAAGGGCGAUGGGAAUAUGUCUGUGGAAAACUGACUCCGAAUGAUAACAAGAAGUUUUGUGAUGUGCUUAAGUGCAAUGAUAGCCGAGAAUUGCUGGAAGAACAGAUAAUAGAAAAAGAAAUAAAGGUUAAAAUUAAUUGCCCAGAAACCCAUUACAACAUUUUUCAGUGCAUGCACCAUCUCAAUAACGAUAAAUGCAGUCAUGGACCUGCUGAAAUCAAAUGUGGUGAUCCUUCAGAAAAUACUCCAACUGAAGGUUAUACUCAAAAAACUGAAGAUAAUACUCCAAAAACUGCAGGUUAUACUCCAAACCCUGCAGAUAAUACUCCAAAAGGAGGUAAUUCUUCGGUGGGUCUGAUAUUGGGUCUGUCGGGAGCUGUGCUGGGGUUGCUGAUUUUGUUUUUAAUGUGGAGAAAUCGGAAACGUCUACUUUUAGCCUUAAGAUAUUACAGAAGUAAAAAGGGCAAAGACGUCAACCCGGAUGUGAAUGAAAUGGAUAAGAUGGAUACAGAGGACAAAGGUUUUUCUGAAGGAAAGGCAGCAUUUUUUGAUAAUGAUGACUACGAGGAUGUGGAUUCUCUCAUGGACAAGUCAGGAGAGGAGGAUGAAGAUGACAGAAAGAGGGAUUCUUCUGGGACAGAAUAUGAUGACAUUGAGGGACAAGCCAAUGGAAUCUCUCCUUCCCAAACCCACCAUGAUGAAGACCUCGACAUCCCUCUCCUUCCCAAGAGACCCGAGAACAUUCUUGAUCAGGACACCUAUGAAGUGGAGACAGAGAAACAGAAGGACUGUGAUGAUGUCAUAUCUGUCGAGGCUACAGCCAAUGAAAAUGCAGGGAUGACAGGCACACAAGCACAGGUAGAUGUAGACGUGGAUGAAGGUGCAGAUUCAGAUUUAGAUGCAGGUCUAUUUGCAAAUGCUGAUGCAGAUAUGUUGACCACAGAGGUAGAAGUUCACGCUCAAGCAGAGUAA